GAGAGAUAAAGAGGUGAGAGAAAGGAGCUGCUGACCCUCCCAUUACUCACACAACUUGGUAAGUUCCUCUCUCUUUCUUUAGCAAAAACCAAUGGUUUCUCUUUUGAUUAUGGGUUAAAUGGCAGUGAUUUUCUGUUCCCAAAAAUUAGUGUAUCUUUUUCUUUUAAACUUUUCAAAGUUGAUAUCUUUGAGGUGGGGUGCCCUUCAAUUUUAAAAUCAUGGCUUUGGCAAAACCUCAAUCUCUCUUUAGACUCUACUGUGUCCUUUGUAGGGCUAUUCCUUUUCCUCUUCAUUUCUCCACAAAAGCCUUCUCUCUCUCUUCUUCUUCUCUCGCAGCUUAUACCAUAGGCAUUACUUCUUCUUCUCCUCCUUUCAUGGUUAGUUUCCUCGUAGAUAUUGUUGGGCUUCCAAAGGAAUCUGCCAUUGCUGCAUCUUCCAAGCUCCUCCAUCUUAAAACUCCUGAGAAGCUUAUAUCUGUGCUGGACUUCCUCAAGGCCAAUGGUUUCCAAGAAACCCAUAUCCAUAAUAUCAUCAGAAAGCGCCCCCUGAUCCUCGCAACUGAUGUCGACAACACCCUAAAACCCAAAUUCAAAUUCUUCCAAGAUUUGGGUCUUUCUGGAUCUGAUCUUGGUGGCUUCCUCUCUAAAAAUCCAGGUAUUCUUUCAUAUAACACGGAGAAAAGGGCUAUCCCUAAUAUAGACUUCAUCAAGAAGUACUUGCACAGCAAUGAGAAUAUUUUAAGCGUUCUCAAAUCUAAUUCAGCUUUUGGGUAUGAUGUUGAUAAGAGAAUGCUGCCCAAUAUAAAGUUCAUGGAGAGCCAGGGAGUUGAGGGCUCAAACUUGACGGCGCUUUUAUUGAGUAGACCGAGGUUACUCGAUCAGAAUCCUAGCCGGCUUAAGCAAAUCACAGAGAAAGUUAAGGAAUUGGGCAUUGAUCCUGGCUCUAAAAUGUAUCGUCACGUGUUGGGGAUCAUGAGUUCGAUGAGUAAUGGGACUUGGCAAAGGAAGAUUGAGUUCUUCAAGACUUUUGGGUGGUCAGAAGAAGAUAUUCUUACUGCUUUCCGAAAGUUGCCUGCGGUUGUGGCUCUCUCUGUGGAGAAGUUGCAGAAGGCCAUGGCUUAUUUGGUGAAGGAACUGAAGUUCGAUAAGAAUUAUUUGGUUUUGCAUCCUCAUCUCUUAGCUUUUAGUUUAGAGGGAAGAGUGAUCCCUAGGCAUAAUCUUUUGACAGUGUUGAGGUCAAGAAAGUUGCUUAAGAUGGAUGUGAGGUUAUCAACGGUUUGUUUGUUAUCAGAGAAGGUGUUCUUGGAGAGAUAUGUGUUGAGGUUUGGAGGAGAGUCAGAAAAUUUGCUCAAGAUAUAUAAGGAAAGUAAAGAAAACCCAAGAAUUAUCGAUGAGUUUAUGCAUCUAUAUCAGGCUUCAUAACCAUUGAAUCUUCUUUGGUCGUGCUACUGAAAAGGAAAAAGUUCGUAUGUCAAAUUUUGCUCAAUUGCAAUGUUCAAAUCCAUGUUAUUUUGGCUUCUGUUUCUCUUUGUUUCUGCAUUGUAUGAUAAUAUUAGGAGAAUACAGAAGGAUCCUAACCUCUAGACAGAUGCAAAAUUAGUUGGUCAUGAUUUUGCUUUCGUUCAUUCCCUGUGACAUACAAACUUGGAAAUUUUUAUGUAACAUUUUGAAAUUGUAUCAUUGUCAUCCGAGCCUUAUCCCAAUUAUUUGGGGUCGGUAACAUUUUGGAAUAUUAUUUAACUU